GCCGGUUACGUAAAGAUGAGGGGCUGAGGUCGCCUCGGCGCUCCUGCGAGUCGGAAGCGCCCCGCGCCCCCGCCCCCUUGGCCGCCGCGCAGCGCCGCGCCGCGCUCGUCCUCCGAGGCCAGGGCAGGGCGAGCCGAACCUCCGCAGCCACCGCCAAGUUUGGCCGCGCCGCCGGGGCUGGAGCGCGAGGUGACCAAGGAGCACGGUGACCCGGGGGACACCUGGAAGGAUUACUGCACGCUGGUCACCAUCGCCAAGAGCUUGUUGGACCUGAACAAGUACCGACCCAUCCAGACCCCCUCGGUGUGCAGCGACAGUCUGGAGAGUCCGGAUGAGGAUAUGGGAUCCGACAGCGACGUGACCACCGAAUCUGGGUCGAGUCCUUCCCACAGCCCGGAGGAGAGACAGGAUCCUGGCAGCGCGCCCAGCCCGCUCUCCCUCCUCCACCCUGGAGUGGCUGCGAAGGGGAAACACGCCUCCGAAAAGAGGCACAAGUGCUGCUACAGUGGCUGUGGGAAAGUCUAUGGAAAAUCCUCCCAUCUCAAAGCCCAUUACAGAGUGCAUACAGGUGAACGGCCCUUCCCCUGCACAUGGCCAGACUGCCUUAAAAAGUUCUCCCGCUCAGAUGAGCUGACCCGCCACUACCGGACCCACACAGGGGAGAAGCAGUUCCGCUGCCCGCUCUGUGAGAAGCGCUUCAUGAGGAGCGACCACCUCACAAAGCACGCCCGGCGGCACACCGAGUUCCACCCCAGUAUGAUCAAGCGAUCGAAAAAGGCGCUGGCCAACCCUUUGUGAGGUGCUACCCACGGAAGCCAGGGAGCGAUGGACCCCGAAAGGACAAAACUACUCCCAGGAAACAGACAGACACACAUGGAAACAAGCCCCAGAAGAGGCACCCUGACAGCACAGGAAGUCACUGCUCUUUGGUCAAUAUUCUGAUUUUCCUUUCCCUGCAUUGUUUUUUAAAAAAGCACAUUGUAGCCUAAGAUCAAAGUCCACUCUUGGUCCCCUUGCAGA